CCGCGGCGCUCCCCUGAAACAUCUGGUCAUCGCUCAUCAGUCUCAGGCAAUUCGUUGGACACUUCUUCAGAAAAGCUUUUAAACUAUGGGGAAAAUGAUGUACUGGUUGGUGCUGUGCACCGUGACUAUAGUUCAGCUUGGCUCCCCUGUCCGAGCUGACCGAGAAAUGAACCAAGAUUCACUUUUGGCUAAUCACAAAGAUUCUCGAGAUGACAUUUCUAUCGAAGACGAGUCUACUGCCAACACAAGACCUCGAACAGGUCGUCAACUCUCGCAAUUCAGAAACCAAGAUCAGUUUGGAGGCAGUGCUGGUUCACUGAAUCAGUUUGGAUCUACGAGAACGUCUGACUUCAAUCAGGGUGGAACUGUAGGCACAGCUGGAACCCUUGGAUUUUCGGACCAAUUCGGAUUGUCAGACCAGUUUGGACGGAGAAAUAACGUCGGAUUUACAAGCCAACUCGGAUCGUCGAACAACUUGGGUACAACGGAUCAAUUUGUCAGCACGAGCCAACUUCUCAGGAACAACUUGGGACUGACCAGCCAACCGGGAUCGGUGAACCAAUUAGGAGCACUAGGAAGAAAUGGUCAAUUCGAUUCUACGAAUCAAUUUGGACUCAACCAGUUGAGAUCUUCCAACCAGCUUGGUUCUCCCAACCAACUUCGUUCUGCCAACCAGCACGGUUCUUCCAGCCAGCUUGGUUCUUCUAGCCAGCGUGGUUCAUCCAGCCAACUUGGUUCUUCCAACCUUCUUGGAUCUCCAAGUCAGCUUGGAUCUUCCAAUCAGCUAGGAUCUACUAAUCGGUUUGGAUCUUCCAAUCAGCUUGGAUCUACCAAUCGCCUUGGAUCUUCAGAUCCGUUUGGAACUAGAAACCGCUUCGACACAGAUGAGAUUUUUGAUGGUCAGAUUGGACGAACUCCAUUUUCUGAUAAUUCGCUGCAAAAUCAGCAAUUCGGAUCAAGAUUUGGGAACGGCUUGGGAACCUCUCAGCUUCGUAAUGGAUUGGUAAAUACCCAGUUCAAUAAUGCCGACGGCUUCGGAAGUGGCUUUGAAACAAACCAAUUUCUGAACAACAACCCUGGUCUUGGUCUGAGGUCAGGCAACAGACUUCUCGGCAGUCCCUCAAACUUUGGCAGUCAGGUCCCCACACCUGAAGGCCUGUCUAGAACAUUACUGUACGACGCUUCCAAUGAUGGGCUUGGACAAUACGAUUAUCAAUUCGCAACCGACAACGGCAUCACUCAACAACAAGCUAGUCGUCUGAUUGGCCCCAACUCGCGCGCCGUCACAGGCUCAUACUCGUACACGUCUCCUGAAGGUAUCCCCGUGAGCGUUAGGUACGUAGCGGACGAGAACGGCUUCCAGGUGGAGAGUCCAAACUUGCCCGUCAUGCCUGAACACUCGCGUCUCCAGGUCCUAGCCGCCCAACGAGCCAGAAGCCUGGGACUAAUCGACCGCGACGGUAACCCCACUGGCCUCCAGUCUACAAACUUCGGCAACCUGGGCGUCAAUAACAGAAACUUCGUUAGCACGUCCCGCAUUGGUGAUUUUGGCAACACCAGCGGUCUAAGAACCGGACUACAGAACACUGGCUUCGGGAACAAUGGCAUUCAAAACUUGUACAACCCCAACAGACUGGGAUCAGGUAAUCUGUUUGGAACGUCAUUAUUUAGUGGGCUAUUCCCAGGCGGCUUAAACUCGGGCCUUCUUGGGUUCGGAACUUUCAACCCGGACGAUAUUUCCCGGCAAAAUUUCUUGUCUCAAUCACUGCGUUCAGGAACCAGCGGUUUAGAUUUCAAUACCAAUUCUUUUAAUUCACUUGGUGCUAAUGUACUUGAUACCAAUAUUCGUCCAUUUAAUUUAUUAGGCACUAAUGGACUCAACAAUUUCAACAAUUUUCCACUUAACUCAUUCGGAACGAACGGAUUUAAUACCAAUAACCUCCCAAUCCCUCCCUUUGGAACUAACGCCUUUAAUAAUAACAAUAAUUUCCCAAUCCCUCCCUUCGGAAACAAUGGCUUUAAUUUCAAUAAUGUCCCAGCAAACUCAUUCGGUAUUAAUGGCUUUAUUCCCAAUAAUAACCCAUUCAACUCAAUUGGAAUUAAUGGAAUUGCUCCCAAUAAUUUACCAUCCAACUCAAUUGGAAUUAAUGGACUCACUCCCAAUAAUUUACCAUUCAACUCAAUUGGAAUUAAUGGCAUUGCUUCCAACAAUUUACCAAUCAACUCAAUUGGAAUUAAUGGCCUUACUCCCAAUAAUUUACCAUUAAACUCAUUUGGAAUUAAUGGCAUUGCUCCCAAUAAUUUACCAUUAAACUCAAUUGGAAUUAAUGGCAUUGCAACCAAUAAUUUACCAUUAAACUCAUUUGGAAUUAAUGGCUUCACUCCCAAUAAUUUCCCAUUCAAUUCAGUUGGAAUUAAUAGCUUUGGGCAGAGUCAAUUCCCAACAAAUACAUUAGGAACAAAUCCUAGCAUUUUUACCGGUACUAACUUAGGAGGAAGGCCGAUUUCGCCAAAUUCUCUUCUGAACUCGCCUCGGUUCCUGAGAUCUGGUCUCUCCCGGUUCUUAAAUAACGGUUUGGUAGAUAAUGACCAACUAGAACUAAGAUACAGAGACGCUAAUGCCUUAGCCAACCUCGGCGGAGGCUUGCUGUUCGAUGACAACCGCAACGAUGUUGAACUCUUCCCGCGCUUUGAGAGGCUCACUGCCAACACCGGCAGCGUUUUCGGGAAUCCAUUUUUGCAGCAGCAGACUGGUUCCAACUUCGGCUUUCGAAGCAGAAACCCAAGAAGAUUAGACUUGACGAAUGUCGUCAACAGUCGACCGGUGGACAUUGCCCUCGCAAGUGAUAGAAAAAGCGGCAUUUCUGGCAAUGCGGCUUCUUACAGCUACCGCAGCUAAUCUUUUUAAUCUCGAUUCGAUUUAAAUAACAUAAUUUAAGUUAUUGUAUCGAUAGGAUUUACACUUAACAGAAGUUACACUAUAGCCAGCAAAAUUGAUAUUAAUUAAGAAGUUAUUCAUUAAAAAUUUAAGCCAAAUA